AUGGUGCAAAACGCAGCCGCUGAUGAAGGCAGAGUAGUGAAUGGCGACUUUGAUGAAGAAACCAGUGAAGCGAAGGAUGCUUGGCCGCAGAAGCAACAUGAUUCUCUGUUAGGUGAACGAUGCGCAGAAUAUCACUGCGACCACACGAGAAGGAUAAAUCCGACAAGCUGGGGGAGUGUUGCUGACUUCGCUGAUAAACAGUGA